UGGCGUGUUGAUUUCUUAUCGAUUUUAUGCGUUAACGUUGCAUGGCAGAAUCCUUUCACUGUUUCUAUCAAUUAAAACAAUACCUUAAGUUACGAUGUGUUUUUGUGUGCUUUUGCUUGAUUGAAGGAGUUUGCAAAACUGAAGAAGAUGAAGGACCGAGCACUGAAGAGGACUCGCAGUCGUUCCACGGGGUUGGAGUGUGCAAGUGGUUUAACGUACGCAUGGGCUUUGGCUUCCUGUCCAUGACCAACCGAGAGGGAGUGCCACUGGACGAACCGGUUGAUGUGUUUGUCCAUCAAAGCAAGUUGCACAUGGAUGGUUUCCGAAGUCUGAAAGAAGGUGAGGACGUCGAGUUUACCUUCAAGAAGUCCUCAAAGGGCCUCGAGUCUCAGCGAGUCACUGGACCUGGUGGUAUCCAAUGUGUGGGCAGUGAGAGAAGACCAAAGGGCAAGAAGGUCCAGAAGCGCCGCUCCAAAGGAGACAGGUGCUACAACUGCGGAGGCCUAGACCACCAUGCCAAAGAAUGCAAGCUGCCACCUCAACCCAAAAAGUGCCAUUUCUGUCAAAGCAUCGAUCACAUGGUUGCCCAAUGCCCAAUCAAAGCACAAGGUUCUCAGGGAAAGCCUUCGAGUGAGGAGGAGCACAGCCAAUUGGCACUACCUUCAGAAACGUCAGAUUAAACCAGCAACAGGGCAACUCUGAAACCAGGGGCAGCACAGAAGCCAAUCACACUGCUUUGAUGAAGAUAUGGGAGAUGCUCUCCAAUUCCUGUUGAAGCUGCUUUUGAAACUACCUCAGGUUGAGAUUGCUCAUUAAGAGCUUUUUUUUUCAUUUUGGUGUAACACUCAGGAAUACUGCUGUGAUAUUGCACUCAGGAUUUGUUCUCAGGACUCUUUCUAAAUGUUGGAUCCACUGCUGAUACAGGGGCUAGACAGACUAUAAUGAUCAUUGCCAGGAUUAAUAGCAUUGUCCACACACUUCCAUUAAGCUGCCUUACAAUUCCCUUUCUGACUGUUACACCUGACUAUCCAAAGACAAGGAUGUGGCAGUUGGUAGCUCUGUGAUGAAUGUUACUUUCAAA